AUGGCGGACCGAGAUUUCCCCCCCGGCCAGGGUCCCCGCUCGGGGCAGGACCCAGAGGCGGACACUUCGCUCAGGAUAAGGGAGGAGGCGGAGGCUGCCUUGCAGGAGCCAUCCGCAGCCCCGUCCGACAACUCCGCGCAGGACAGCGCCGGCUCCGAGGUCGGGCGGCUCCUCGCGGUCACGCCCUGUAGAUCCAAGCCCCGCGUAGGGCGCAGGACCCCCACCGCACCGCGGGAAGUGCCCCGCCACCAGGGGCACAGUGCUGCCCGCGGACGGAGCCCCGGCAAACCCGCCGGGCGUCCCGCCGCAGGCUGCCCGUCACGCCUCACCCCGGGGAGCCGCCACUUACCCUCCCCGCAGCGCGGCCGGACCACGUCGACGUACUCUCUAGCGGAGAGCGGCGGUGGGGUCCGUCACAUAGACGGCGAGGGAAGCGGGUACGCGGCUCUGCCGCACGGAGUCAGCGCCGGCGGGGGACGCGCAUCUCCGGCCGCGCCGCGAAGGGACCGCCCGCUGCCGCCUCCGCCGCGACUGCCCAGCCCGCCCGCGCUCCCCGCCCUAAUGGGGCUCGGCCGCCCCGCGCCCGGCCCGCGACGGCCGCGCUCCGCCGCAUCCAUUGGCUGUCGCCCGCCGCGCCCACCAAUCGCCGCCGGGCCAGGCCGGGCGCCGGCUCGCGGGGCUCGGGGGGCAGGGCUCGGGGCGGAGCGAGGGGCGGGGCCCGAGCAGACCCCGCCCCAGGGCCCAGCGGCGCGCGGAGGAGGCGCUGCCGUGUGGGGCUGGGGGGGACCCGGGAAAACUUGGGGGAACCCCUUUUCCCCCCAGUUUGGGAUGGCUGGGGAGCAGGCGGAGGACAGGCAACCUCCUUGCUCCGUUUCCCCCGGUCAGACAGAACUCUGGAGGCGCCAGUUUCCACCGAGGGAGCAGGAGAGGGAAAGUUAA